AUGGCCAACCCUGGGGAGAGAGAUAUUUGUGCUCGCCUUUGCACGGUCACUGCAAGUCUCCUCGGCGCUGGGCCGAUGCCUGCGUUGGUGGACGGAGGUUUCCGAGUUUCGUUCUCGGAGUCCGCAUGGGUAUAUCGCAAACAUUCUGCCCCUUAUCUUUUCUACAGUCCAGGAGGCCGUCGAAUGACCACGAGCAGGGACAAUGGCACCGACCCGGGAGAAGCACGAGCGUACAAGCUGGAAAGUAGCGGUCCUCUCGCUCUUGCCCUUGCGGCUCGUGCAGAGUUUCCGAAUUUCGAAAGCAAGGAUCUGAGGGGCCAAACCUUCUUCCAGCAUGCUGACGAAAGGAGUGAAUUUCUAUGGGAUUCUUCGACAAAUCCAUUCGGGCUUGGGCAACGAAACCAAUCGACAACAAUGCCGUGGUGGCUGCUAUGCGUGGUUACCCUCACAAUUUGCAAAUGGAUUCAUUUUCAGAACGUUGCUUUGGAUGCUCUUCUUUCCUCGUUCGGUGGCUUUAUGAAUCAUCCUGUCUUCCUGUGUCCCACAGGUAGAAUUCCAGCUCCCGGAUUGCGGCGGGCGGAUUCAAAGGAGCUCGAAUCGCCACUCUGCCUGUGCGGAGUCUCGGAAGUAACGGUAAAUCCCGAGAAUGCUCGGGGGCCCUGUCUGUCUUAA